AUGAGUUUCCAUUAGGUCAAUAAAAUUAUAGAGAAAUUAUAGAGCUGUAGUUUGGAUGUUUAAUAGAGUGCGAUUCGUAAUUUGAUAUCAAAAAUCUAAUGUGGUUUAGUUGGAAUGAACGAACUAUGUGAUAAAAAUCCAACAAUUGGUUGUAUUCUUUUUAAAUGGAUUGUUAAUCAAUGUAUUAACACUUAAUUAUAAUUAAUUAAUCAAGUGAUUGAUUUGAUUAAAGAUUUUUCAAAGGUAAAUAAAAAUAAAAUAACAAUAGCAUCAUUUAGUUAAACAAAAUUUGAAAUCUGAUAUACAAUCAAUUUGUGAAUUUAGAAAUAAAUUGUUACAAUACAAUUUGCAUAACAAUAGUUUAGAUUAAUUAAUUCAAAAUAUAAUGGAAGGGGAAUCAAUAUAACCUAUUUAAAAUCCAGAUAAAAUGAAUUAAAAAAUUUGGAAUAGUAUGGAUGAGUAAAUUAAAAUUCUUGUUAAGCCAGAUCAUAAGACAGUUGAAUAUGAAUAUUUUUCAUUUGUGAAAUUGACUGAGUAAGAUGAAAAGUUCCUUUUUGAUAUAAGUGUUUAAUUAAAAUUUGGAAAUAACUAAACAAUAUUAUUUACAAUAAAAGAAUAAUUAUGGAGAGCAUUAAAAGACUUUCCAAUUGAAGUAUUUCGAUCUAGAUAAGAAAUUAUUGAAGAAGUCUUACUUUUAAGUAAUUCACAAAAAGAAGACAAUAUAAUAUAUUAUUCUUUGAUUGCACUUUAAAAAUUCAUAAGAAAUUUAACUAUAAGAUUUAAUAAAAACUAAUCAGAAUAGAAUUAUAAUAGGAAUCAUGAAGUUUAUAUAAAAGAUAAUAGAGAUCAUAUAGUUUAUUCAUAUCCCACUUUAGAUCCAUCUGUAGGGUAAUAGAAGAUGGAAAUAAACUAAAAAACUUUGAAAGGUUAAAUAGAUUUAAUUAGUAAGUAAAUAUUGCACAAUUUAACAAAGUUUAUGGGUAGAAGAAUAAACAUACUUUAUUUGAUAGUAAAAUUAUUAAAGAAAGUAAUGUCUAUAAAUUAGGAUGCAGCAUAAGAUUCAAUUUUAAUUUUGAUAAAUGAAUUAACAUAGAUAUUUGAUACAAAUGAUGAAUCAUUACAUUAAUAAUAAUUGAUUCCUUUAUAUUAUGUUUCAUAUGAACUAUUAACCUUAUUGCCUGAAGAUUUUAAGAUGUAAAAUAUCCCAAGAUUUUGUUCAUAUUUAUUGGAAGCAUAAUAUGCUAAUUUAUUUAAUAUAUAACAGAUGGAAUAUUUAUUUGCAAAAACUAAUACUCUUUGUCCUAAUUUGAUAUAGGGAAAACAGCAUUAAGAAAUAGCAUUAUAGACUUUAGAAUUGCUUUUUUCUUCUCAUUUUACCACAUAACAUUUAAACAAAAUUGCAUGUGAAGGAUAUAUAAAGUAGCUUUAAGAUUCUCAUUAUAUUCUGAGUCUCUAAUUUACAACUAAUUAAAGUAAAACAAAAUUAUAUUAAUAUUAGAAACAUUUAGAGUACCUAAGUAAUAGGUUUCAAUUGAAGAAUUGUCUAAUUUAGAGACUAAUAUUAUUUCAGUUAAUUAAGAUAUCUAAAAGAAAUUGAUUUUCGUAGACCAAUUAAUUGGAAUUCUUAUCUAUUACUCUAAAAAUUAGAAAGAAUUUUUAAGUCAAGUUUAAGUAAAGGAGAGUCUAUUUAAAUCAUAUAUUACUGAUUUAUUAACAAAUGUAUAGAAAUAUUCAAAGGAAAGAUUCGAAAACUUUAAGAAUGAAAACAAUUAUAAGAUUAAGGGAGAAUUAGAAUAACUGUUGUAAAAAGUAUGAUUUAAGAUCAUAAACUAGUUUCUUGAUUUGGCUGUUGUUAGUCUAUAAGUCUUGAUGUAGAAUUAAUAUGAUAUUGCUCUAUAUUUACUUUAGCAUUCAAAAGAGAAACAGUCCUAAUUGUCAGCCUUUAGAUAUCUUAUUGCAUCUGCUUUACAAGAAGAAUUAACUAGCAAGGAUCACUUUUAUUCAUUAUCUAAAUUAGUUUUUGAUUAUAAAGGAAAAUCAGAUCAAUUUUGGGAUAAUAAUGUUCCUUUAUAAAAUAGAGUUAUUCAUUUUUUAUAAUGUUUUUAACAAUUAAUUCUUGAAGGUUUGAAUUAUCAAAAUUACAAAUAGCAAUAACUUUAUGUCAAAAAAACAGAAGAUUUUAUAUAAAAUCUUGAUUUAUUAUUGGCAUUAAAAACAAAUGAAAUAAAUAUAUCUUAUGAUAAUUCUAUUUUAGAUGAAUUGAAGUAAUUAAUGUCAAGUACUUUGUUUCUUUCAUCAGGUAAAACAUAUAUACUUAAUUUAAUAUCAACAUUCAAUGAAACUAAAUAAUUUUGGCUUCCUUUGUUAAGUUAUGUUCAUCAGUGUUUUUUAGAAAAUGUUGGAGAAGAGUAAGUUGAAUAUUUAAAUCUCUAUAUAUAAUUAUUGAGUGUAAUUAAAUAACAUUCUGAAGUGGGAAAAUAUAUUGUUAAAUAUCAAAGCAAAUAUCCAUUUAAUAUUAAAGUUUCUUAUUAUAUUUUGAAAUUGUUGAAGAAUAAUUUAUUAGAUCUUUAACCUGAUUUACUCAAAUAUUUGCAAUAAAAUAUUUUUCAAUAUUACAAUCAUUUAAAUUUUGAAAAUUCAAAUUGUUUGAUCAAAUUAUUAAAACUAUCCAAAUAAUUCAAUUUAUUUUAAUCAUUAGAACCUCUUGAUUAAUAAAUCUUAUUUUCAAGAUUGAUUUAAUUGACAAAAUCACAUUUGUAAAUUAUUCGCUUUUUAUCACUUAAUAUUUUGUCAUUAAAUUUAAAAUAACUUAAUGUAGAUUAAAUAAAUAGAAUAGAAGAUUAAAUGGUUGAUGAUUUAUAUUAAAGCAACGAAUCUUAAUAUAUCUAUUCUUAAUCAAUUACAAUCAUUUUAAAACUCAAACCAUUAAAGAAACUUACUAGAGUGAUUUCAUAUACAGACAAUAGAUUAAAAUCAGAUAUGGCAUCUAUAUGUAAAGCUGGACUAUUAAGACUUGUUUAUUUAUGUUUAUAAAAUCAUAAAGACGAAGCUAUAUAAUAAAUUUACAACUUAUAAAUAGAUAAUCAAUGUGUUUAAUUCUUGGUUAAAUUUAAAAAUAUUGAUUAAUUAUUUUUAACUCUUCAUGCUGCUGAAAUUUUGAAUGUCUUAAUGAGAUAAUCUGUAUCAAAAGCACUGGCUAUUUUAUAAUCUUAUAGUUUAGUUGAAACUACUAUACAUUCAAUUCAUAAAUUAAGAAAAUUCUUAAAUUGCAAUUAGCCAAGCUUAAUUGCAGGAAUAUUACUUUAAUUAAGUUUACUAUUACAAUUUGCUACACAUUAUCAUUAAGAUUAUGUUGAAUUUGAAUAUAACAAAACUAAAUCAACUAAACCAAAAUGGAAUGUUGUUUAAGUUAUAACCUAAGCAUUACAAAAUGAUUAUUUUAGUAUAGAUAAUAAGAUUGGUAUUGCCAAAAUACUUUAAUGUAUUUAUUAAAUAGAAUUUACAAAAAGUAUUAAUGAUGAUUUAAUCUAUUCUUUAACAUCUAUUUUUAGACCCCUUUCUUAAAAUGAUUCAAUCAAUGAAGAAGGAUCGUCUGAAAUAUAAUAUUAGACAAUAAUCUAAAUAUUAAGUGCAGUUGUUUCUGUGAGUAAUAAAGCUAAAUUUAUAUUAUGCAAAACUGGCGUUGCUAAAUAAAUAGCACUUUAUGUUGUCAAAGAAUUGGAAAAAGUCAUUAACAAAACUUAAUAAAAACCUUAAAAAAUGUAAUAAUCUUAAAUCAAAAAUUUAAAUACAUCUAAUGUUUCAUUUGCUUAACAAAAUAAUCUCUAACAAUCUCCUAUUUUUAAGGUUCAUAUUGUGUUUUUGAAAUUAUUGUUAAAAUUUACUGAAGAACAAGAUAAUUAUUCAUUAAACUCAAAUCCUUAGUUGAUUGAAGUUAUAGGAUUAUGCAUUGAUGCUAUUCUGAAAUUAUUAUUUUUAGGUUUUACUACUAAUACCUAAAUCUACUUUGAAUUAAUGAAUGAUAUUCUCAUUAAUUUAGGUACGAAUUAAUUAUUUCAGUCACAUUUAAGUUAAUAAUUGAGUGAAUAAAAAUGGUUAUUAUUAGUAGAACUCAAAAAAUAUGUAACCAAAGAUCAAUUAUCUUUAUUUUAAAAUGAAGUGUUAUUAAAAGCAUUAGGCAUUUUAGGUUAAAAUUCAGAUGUUAGGCAGGUGUAUAUUAGAAUGAAGAUUAUAGAAGAAAUUUAAGAGAAAUUAAAUAAAGGUAAAUUAUUAUAUUUAAUUAGUUUGGAGCGAUAAGAGAAAAUGGUAAACUAAUACAUAAUUUAAUGCUUUGAUUGUCUAAUUUAUGUUAAGUCUAUCAUUCUACAAAGAAACUUAAUUAAGAAUAUUAGCAAAUAAUUAAUUUGUUAAUAUAUUAUAAGAAAUAUUGAUUGAAAAUGACAUUCAAUAACCUAUAUGUCAAGACAUUUUUUUGAUUUAUAGUAAUUGCUCAUUAAAUGGUAAACUGAAAAAAAUGAUCAUGAAUAAUCAAUAACUUUCUUGUUUAGUAAUGAACACUGUGUCUGAGACUACUUUAGGAGCAGAAAUUAGAUACAAAGCUUCUUAAUUUUUACUAAAUCUGAUGUAUAAGUGUACCCAAGCUGUUUGUAUCUUUAAUAAGUUAAUUUAAUUUGUUUAUUCUAGGUCUUAAGUAUUUGACUGUUUUGAAUUGUCCAUGAAGGAUAGUUAACGAUAAAUUGAUAGAAUAUAAUUAACUUAAAAUGAAAAUAACUAAUUAAUCAGCAAACAAGAAGAAAAUAGUAAUAAAAUCAGACAUUUAUAGAAAUUCUUAAAUAAUUUAAAUUAAUUACUUAAAAUAUUGAAAAUAGAAUGGUGA